CAAUACUAUUCCCUUCCAACACUUCCUUUCCCUAAACCCAACCAACCUCCCCACCAACACCACACAGCAUCACGCCAUCAUGAGCAGCAGCUUUAAUUACGACUACAUCAUCAAAUAUAUCAUUAUCGGCGACACAGGUGUCGGCAAGUCUUGCUUACUCUUGCAGUUUACCGAUAAGCGUUUUCAGCCCGCUCAUGACUUGACCAUUGGAGUGGAGUUUGGAGCUCGCUUCGUUUCUGUUGCUGGAAAGCAAAUCAAGCUUCAGAUCUGGGACACGGCCGGACAGGAAUCCUUUAGGAGUAUCACCCGAAGCUACUACAGAGGAGCUGCUGGUGCCCUUUUGGUCUACGAUAUCACGAGGAGAGACACCUUUAAACACCUGACGACUUGGCUUGAGGACGCUAGACAACAUGCCAAUGCCAACACGACUAUUAUGCUUAUUGGAAACAAGAGUGAUCUGGAGUCCAAGCGGGCUGUCUCUUAUGAGGAGGGCGAGGCCUUUGCCAAAGCAAACGGCCUCUUCUUCAUGGAGACCUCCGCUAAGACCUCUGCCAAUGUUGAGGAGGCAUUCGUGGAGACUGCAACCAACAUUUACGAAAAGAUUCAGAGUGGGGUUUUUGACAUCCACAACGAGGCCCAUGGCAUCAAAAUUGGCCCCAUGCAUACUGGAGGCUCUUCUCUGCCGACGGGAGCGGCAAACGGCGGUGGAGCCUGUUGUCAGUAAAUAGAUUGCCAUCGCAAGUGCGACCAACAUGGCCCUCAACCCUUCCACCUAAUAUAUUUGUCGUC